AUGAUUGCUGGACAAGCGCCUACCUCUCAGGAACUACUCGGAGACAACCGAACGUGGGUUGAAGCCAACUGGCCUACAGACAAUCUUGCUCGUGCUCCGACACGGGAUCCCAGCAGCGGCAUGGGAAAGCCGACUGCACAUCUGCCAAGUAGUGGAAGCCUCGCCAUACCUCUUCCUGGUUUUCUCGGGACAUCCCAGUAUACUACACGGUCUCGCAUUAGAGAUGUUGCGUUCGAGGAUAUGUUCAACAGGAGCUGA